AUGAGCUCCGAUGACGGUCUCCGCAAAACCGAACAGGUAGAGGUGCCGCCAGAUGUAGACACUGACUUCGAUAUCUAUGCCGCCCCAGCUGAGGAGGCGCAGGCCGUGGAAGAGCAGGAGCCCGCCGACGCCGAUAUCUAUGCCGCCCCAGCUGAGGAGGCGCAGGCCGUGGAAGAACAGGAGCCCGCCGACGCCGAUAUCUAUGCCGCCCCAGCUGAGGAGGCGCAGGCCGUGGAAGAGCAGGAGCCCGCCGACGCCGAUAUCUAUGCCGCCCCAGCUGAGGAGGCGCAGGCCGUGGAAGAGCAGGAGCCCGCCGACGCCGAUAUCUAUGCCGCCCCAGCUGAGGAGGCGCAGGCCGUGGAAGAGCAGGAGCCCGCCGACGCCGAUAUCUACGCCGCCCCAGCUGAGGAGGCGCAGGCCGUGGAAGAGCAGGAGCCCGCCGACGCCGAUAUCUAUGCCGCCCCAGCUGAGGAGGCGCAGGCCGUGGAAGAACAGGAGCCCGCCGAGGACGGCGUGGACGCAGCUGAGGAUGGCGCAGGGUCGACACCGAUGCUACAAGCGCGGGCAGAAACUUCCGACUCGCCACAUGCCGCCGCACCAGUGGAAGAAGUCGGAAACACGUCAGAGCACGAAGACGCAGCCAUGACGCAAGACGGCAAGUUGCCGGCAGAACUGCUUGAUAGUAAGAAGGAUGAGCAUGGCAGCGUCGAUGCCGUGGCCGGGGCAGACACAGCAGCGACGCACUCGUCCAUCACCACAGACGAUGGUGUUCAGGUUGAUGCUAAGGUGGAAAACGCCUCCGACAGGGCGGGACUCGGCGUUGAUAACAACGAAGGUGAGAAGGGCAUGGACCGAUCAGACCAGGCUGUAGAGGACUCAGCCGCACCCAUACCUGCUGCUGUUGCUAUUCCUCCUCCGGAUGCUAGCGCCCGGGUAGAAAUGGCCGUACCUCCUGCAGCGGGGACUGACCUAGACAAGCAAGACCGCGCUUCCUCGCCAGAGACGACUGCAGGGCUAAUGAAGCCGUCGCCGCCGCCGCACGAUCUGCCAAGGCGGCAACCACAGCAGCAAGUCUGUCAGCCGCAGUCGCAACAACAGCAGCAGCCUGCGGUCGUGCUGCAUUGCAGUGGUACAACGCUCACCCCGUCCAUGUCGCCCCACGCGACCACGGGCGGAGUAGAUGGUGUGUACGACUUGCCCGAAGCGGAGCGCAUCGCCAUGGCCUCCGCGUUGUUAACCCCAAGCACCGCCCUCGUCGUUUUCCGCCGCGGUCACGAGAACAGCCACGUCAACCGGAUGGACCGAGGCUCCUACUCGCGCUACCUGCUCUCGACCGAUCAUGUGUCACCCCUCGUGCUGGAAGAGACCUUUCACGGAACGAAGUCCACCGUAGGCGCGGUUCCGCGCAACACCCUCACGAGAUUCAGUCGCGGAAACGUAAGCGACCCUUACGUUGACGACAGCAUCGCGCCCAGGACGGCGUCUGAGCGCAAGCAGUCCCCGGGAGCCGCCGCGUCGGCUGCUUCCUCGGCUCGCCGCAGCUACCAGCCACCUCGAUCCGUCUUCUCGGCGUCACGCCAAACGAUGUCGGACUCCUUCGGCGGCACCGCAGCUAGCAGCACCAACCUUCGCCGCGAAAUCGAUAUGCUGGGCGAUGCGCACCUGCCAGAGGUCAACACGCUGCGUCAGCAGCGCCGCCGCGACCCUCGACAUGGCAAGUCGACGGCAGAACAGCACGACUACAUCUACUACAACCACCGCAGCAAAGGCUUCUACGUCCCACACGAUCCACCGGCCGACACACUGAUGCUUCAGUACAACCACCUCUACGGCUUCGGCGACGGCACCCGCUUCGCCCCCGUUGCGCCGCCUCCGAGCAGGGAGAGCGGCAGUGCCGGUGCGCUGGCAGGGAUGACGGUGCACCGGGGCAACCCGCACGCGGCCCCGCCUCGCACGUUCGCCGAAACGCGUGGCUGUGCUUUUCCUUUCACCGCCUCGCAGCGACAGCACACCUACGGUGGCACGGCGUAUCGGCGCAGUCGCAUAACCGCGUCAACGAGGGCGAUGUCAAGCUCAUCUGGCCACGAAAAUCAGCCGCAGCGUGCAGAAACCCAGAAGGGCUCUAGCUCACUGCGCACGGCAAAGGCAGUGGACCUGGGACAGCUGCACUGCACGCAGCGCUCUCGCCAGCGCACGAUCGAGGAAGUCAUGGCAGAUCAGCCGCAGCGCUACCUCUGUGGCGCUGAAGGGGUCCGCGGUGCGCUGGUGCAGGACAUCGAGCGAGACAUCGAGGAUGGCAAGCUGCAGUGGGAGGAGGUGCCGCCGGCCAUGCAGAAGGCGAUGGUCUCCGCGACAACGACAGCUGCGGCGGCAGCACAGCGUAAGCAGCCCACGCCCUUAGUGAAUGUACCGGCUUCGUCGACCCUCUCCGCCUCUGGGCGGCGGCCGAACCGUGUGGAGUCGCUGGCCAUGGCGCCGAGCGCACUGGAAAACGUGAUGGGUCAGCUGCGCGCAGUACCCGCCAUCACCGCCGCGUCGGGUGGCGAGCCCGGGGCGCGUGGCGGUGCCGCGGCAAAAAUCAUGUCCACAGCGCCGCCCUCCCCAGCCGCCGAUGCGGCGAGAGCGACGAGUCCUGAGCCCGUGACAGGCUCGGCAGCGAGCACGUCACGGCGGAUUACGGUGGGCUCCGUGGCCGCGGCGGCGUCGCUUCCUGCCAUCUCGCGUCUCAACUAUACCCCCCAGCCAACGAAGCGGUCCAACCCGAGUGCCUUCGUAUGA